AUUUUAGUUUGUUUAAUAAUAUUGAUAAGUUUCUCAGUUGGACUUGAACGUGAUUGGAUUGACUAUUUUGAAAAUAAAAUAAUUUUAAGAUUGCAUUAUCCAACAACAAGCUGAAUAAUUCAAUGAAGUAUUUAAUACUUUUCAAAAAUGACUACAAAAUUGCAAAAUACUUUAGCUUUGGUUGUAUUUUUCCUGGGAUUAAGCAUUCAAACUAACGAAUUUUGUUCUGUUGAAGAUAAGUUAUGUUCUUCUCCGAAGAUACCAAAAUCGAAUUUGAGGUAUUUAUUGUAUGAUGUAAAUUAUUCUGAAGGCUUCAAUCUACGAAGGGAUGUCUACAUGAGAAUGGCUAUUUUCAUGCAUUUAAUACAAGAUGAUCAGGAUUGGCAUUUGGUAUUACCUCCUUGGCCUCAUUUAUAUCAUUGGCAAUCUCGAGAUGUAGGAAAUCAAAAUUUUCUUUCCUGGAGUUCAUUUUUCGAUAUUAAAAGCUUAAAACGUUUUUCUCCAAUUAUGGAAUUCACAGAAUUUUUAGAAGAAUCUGGCGACUAUCAAAUUGAUGAAAUAUAUGUAAUACAACAUUUUGAUGGAGCAUUCAAAGAUAAAAAUUGGAACUGGAAUGAUAAGUGGUCAUUAAUUGAUUGUAACCAAGAAGUUCUUUGUCAAGGGGACAACUGCAAAUCAUCAGCAUACAAGUUGAAAAAUGGAAUGUAUUAUCGAGAUUAUUUGAGUUAUGAGAACAUGACUAGCAGAUCAUUGCAUUGUGUAUCUUUUCAAGGACCAGCUUCAUUUCUGAAAAAUAUGUUGAAAGAAAGUCAUUACAGUAAGCGUAUAUUGAUAGAUCAUGCUGAAAUAGUUGUGCAUGAUGGUUUUGGCGACCAACUUUAUUGGAAAUGUAGAAGAAGUAUGAGGUUUGCAAAAAAUCUAGUAAAAGUAGCUGAUACAUUUCGUACUAAAUACCUUGGUUGCAAUGAUACUAAGGACAACACUGUUCGGCCUUCGAAUUGGGAGAAUGAAAAGGACGAGAGGAAGGCAGUAGGUGGUCCAUUUGUUUGUGCUCAUUUGAGGCGUGGUGACUUUGUAUACAGCCGGGGGAACCAGUUGCCAUCGCUUAAGUUUGCAGCUAAACAAUUAAAGGAAUUAUUGACCAAUUUAAAACUGAACACUAUCUACCUUGCUACUGAUGGUUCUUCUGAAGAUGUGGAAAUAUUAAAGCAAAAUUUGAAUGAUGCGAAAUUGGUUCAGUAUGUUCCAAGUCCUGGGGUCAAAAGAAAAAUCAAAGAUGGAGGACUGGCAAUAAUUGAUCAAAUUAUUUGUUCUUAUGCAAGGUACUUUAUUGGGACUCAUGAGUCGACAUUUACAUUUCGUAUUCAAGAGGAGAGGGAAAUCAUUGGAUUUCCAAUUAACACCACUUUUAACGUUUUUUGUGCAACACCUAAAAAAUGUUUUGAGACCAGCAAAUGGACAAUUGUUUAUUAGUAACAUUUUAAAAUUUGACUUUUGUUAACAUUGGAGCAGCUGAACUAACUCAAUAUAUAAUCUCUCUACUACUUGAAAAUUACUUACCUCGUUGACUUCGUAGAGAUAAUAUGCCUAUAAUAUCUCAAAUUUUUUAAAUACUAUUAAAUUUUAAUAUUUUACUUGCAAGAAUGUAGCCAGAAGAGGGAGACAAUUGGUGAAAAGGGGAGACAGUUAAUUUAAUUAGGAGGAGAGAUUACUUUUUAUUUCUUAGUAAAAUUUUCAGAAUUUUUAAAUAUAGCCUAUCUGCCACUGUUAAUAACUGUUUUUUAAUAUUUAUUGCUAUUUUAUUUUAAAUUUUUUCUACGUCGGAAGAGAGAGUGAGGCAGGGAGCAGCUGUUCCACCUUACUUAUCUCUGGAUAGGCCCAUUUAUAUUUCGAUGAACAUG